AUGGCGGAUUCAAAGAAGUACAUUUCAGAAGAAGAGCUAAAGAAGCACACUAAGUCAGGGGAUCUAUGGAUCUCAAUACAGGGGAAGGUCUACAAUGUCACCGGUUGGACAAAGGACCAUCCAGGAGGUGAGCUUCCAUUGCUUCAUCUCUCCGGGCAAGACGUUACUGAUGCUUUCGUUGCAUAUCAUCCGGGCACUGCAUGGCAAUAUCUCGACAAAUUCUUUACUGGAUAUUAUCUCAAAGACCACUCUGUUUCUGAGGUAUCAAAAGAUUAUAGAAAAUUGCUUGCUGAGUUCACAAAAAUGGGUCUUUUUGAAAAGAAAGGGCACGUGACAUUAGUCACACUUUGUGUCGUGGCAAUGCUGCUUUCUUUCAGUAUUUAUGGGAUUUUAUGCUCAGAUAGUACAUGGGUACAUUUGCUUUCUGGUGGGUUAAUAGGGUUUUUGUGGAUUCAAAGUGGGUGGAUUGGACAUGAUUCGGGGCAUUAUCAGGUCAUGACAAGCCCUAAAAUCAAUCGGUUGGUUCAGAUCUUAACUGGUAAUUGCCUUGCAGGGAUAAGUAUUGCGUGGUGGAAAUGGAACCAUAAUACCCACCACAUUGCCUGUAAUAGUCUUGAAUUUGACCCAGAUCUGCAGCACAUGCCUUUUUUUGCGGUAUCUUCAAAACUUUUUAGCUCACUUAAGUCUUAUUUUUAUGAAAGGAAGAUGAACUUCGAUUCUGUUUGUAGGUUUUUGGUUAGUUAUCAGCAUUGGACAUUUUAUCCUGUGAUGUGUUUUGCUAGGCUUAAUUUGUUUGCACAAUCUUUCUUGCUUUUGUUAUCCAAAAGAAGGGUACCCAACAGAGGUCAAGAGAUUUUAGGAGUCCUUGUGUUUUGGAUUUGGUAUCCUUUACUUGUUUCUUGCUUACCAAAUUGGGGAGAGAGAGUGAUGUUUGUUCUUGCUAGUUUCGCGGUUACUGGGAUUCAACACGUUCAGUUCUGUUUGAAUCAUUUCUCAUCCAAUGUUUAUGUUGGUCUUCCAAGCGGAAAUGAUUGGUUUGAGAAACAAACAAAGGGAACACUCAACAUAAACUGUUCUUCUUGGAUGGAUUGGUUUCAUGGUGGGUUGCAGUUCCAGAUUGAACAUCAUCUGUUUCCACGUUUGCCUCGAUGCCAGCUUAGAAAAAUCUCACCAUUUGUUAAGGAGCUAUGCAAGAAGCAUCAUUUACCUUACGAUAGUGCAUCAUUUUGGAAGGCUAAUGUUAUGACAAUUAGAACUCUUUCAGCUGCAGCCUUGCAGGCUAGGGACCUUGCGAAUCCAGUUCCAAAGAACUUAGUUUGGGAAGCUGUUAAUACUCAUGGAUAA